AUGAUUUCGUUAGCCUUUUUCCAGAGGGACAGCGAAGUCAGUUGGCAAUUGAACGUUGGAUGCUUCAAGCUUGAGCUUGAGCCUCACGCACUGCACACUGCAGGGUCGCACCAUCCACCUCUUGGAAUUGGUCCAACAACGACUUGUUCUGUUCACUCACUCUGCGACUAUACCACAAACCCACGAGCAGGAAUGGUUUCACAAUAUGAAAUUGACAAGGAAAACAACAUCAAGAAGAACAGGGAACUCUUGAUGGCACUUGGACUUGAUAAACCGCUUUUUGAACCGAAAGAAAAACCCGUCAAGAGAGGCAAAACCAGCAAGAAGCGGAAGGAGCCCGAGCCUUCCCCAGAGGAUAACGAAUCCGAGGUCGUGACGAAAUCUCAACGCGUCGAAGCCGAAGCCGAACCAAAUUCGACUCCAGAGUCUGGGCGGCGGAGGAGCUCGCGAAAUGUCGGAAAGGCUGUCGAAUAUAAGAAAGAAAUCCUCGAAGGCUCACCUGUGCCCAUUGCCUACUCAAGCGGCGUCAAGACCUCAGAGAAUUUGGGUCGUUUGGGCCGCAGCUCUGGAACUCGGAAGCACGACCCAAAAACUUAUGGGUCUAUUCCUGGAAUUGAAGUUGGGACUUGGUGGGAAACCAGACAGGGGUGCAGUGCGGAUGCAAUUCAUGCUCCUUGGGUUGGUGGCAUUUCUGGCGGUCGUCAGGGAGCCUAUAGCGUAGCUCUCAGUGGAGGCUACGACGGCGAUGUAGAUCUGGGAUACGCUUUUACAUACACAGGCUCCGGCGGUCGGGAUCUCAAGGGCACGAAGACCGCUCCGAAGAACCUUCGUACCGCGCCGCAAAGCUCUGAUCAAAGUUUCGAACACAAUUUCAACAAAAUGUUACUGAGAUCAUGCGAAACGAAGAAGCCCGUUCGUGUUAUUCGGGGUUUCAAGUCGCACUCAAAAUAUGCGCCGAGCGAAGGUUAUCGUUACGAUGGUCUCUAUCGUGUCGAGAAGGCCUGGAUGGAAAAGGGCCUGAAUUCCAAAUACUUGAUUUGCAGGUAUGCAUUCAAGCGCCUUCCCGGUCAACCUCCCUUGCCCCUUCGUGGAGAGGAUGACGACCAGGAUGAAAAUGACAAUGAGACCGGCGACGAAGAAAAUAGGGCAACACCUGAAGAGGACAACGAAGCACAAUCCAAAGCGGACGCACCUGUCGAAGAUGUCAAAGCAGCGCCGGCUGUCGGAGAGCCUGAGGAACGCGAGCCUGAGACCCUUCAAGGAAAACGUGAAGGAGGCGACAUCCAGAUGGUGUCGGCAUAA